AUGAAAUUUACUCGUUCAAAAUUUUCCCCAUCGUCAACCGAAACCCAGCAAAAAUCAAAUAAUAAACAAUAUGAUAGUAUCCUUUACAAAUUAGAUUUAAUAAAUCGUCGUUUGAAUGAUUUUGAUCGUCGUAUGGAUGAUUUUAAUUAUCGCUUAAAACUUCUUGAAAAAUCAUCUAUUAAUAAACAACAACGUCGAGAUUUAAUGUACGAACAAACAAAUAAAAGAAUUACUCAUUUUAACGAUGAUCCUAGAUUUUGA